AACUCCCUUUGCCACCCCCUCCUUUUAAAAAAUAAUCCUUUCAUUCAAUUGAACUUGAACAAAGUUUUGUAAGAGGGGAAGGAAAAAAAAGAGGCAUGAAAUAGAUGGGAGACCAGGGCUUUUCAGAGCCUCUUAUCUGAUUGUGGAAACAGCACUUAAGAGCCCUUGCCCCCGCGCCACUGCAGCUGAACCUUGGCAGUUUAGGGCACCAACUUUACCCCGCUCGGCUCGCAGUGUGAGAAAGUUUUGCACACCACUGCUCCGACCGGGCGAAGGGGGGAUCGGGUCGUUUUCAUCUCAGGUUCCACCACAGUCCAGCCAUCGUGGACCCCGCCUGCGAACUGUCCCUCUUCCUCUGGACUCAAGAUGACUUCCGCCCCCAAGGUGUACUACAGCCAGACCACCCAGACCGACAGCCGCCCCCUCAUCGGCUCUGGCCUGCGCAAGCGGCGCGUGAUGACCAAGGACGGCCGGAGCAACGUGCGGAUGGAGCACAUCGCUGACAAGCGGUUCCUCUAUCUCAAGGACCUGUGGACCACCUUCAUCGACAUGCAGUGGCGCUACAAGCUGUUGCUCUUCUCCGCCACAUUUGCCGGCACCUGGUUCAUCUUCGGGGUGAUCUGGUACCUGGUGGCCUUGCUGCACGGGGACCUACUGGAGUUCGACCCCCCGGCCAACCACACCCCAUGCGUCAUGCAGGUGCACACACUGACUGGAGCAUUCCUCUUCUCCCUGGAGUCCCAGACCACCAUUGGCUACGGCUUCCGCUACAUCAGCGAGGAAUGCCCCUUGGCCAUUGUACUGCUCAUCAGCCAGCUGGUUCUCACCACCAUCAUGGAGAUCUUCAUCACUGGCACUUUCCUGGCCAAGAUCGCCCGUCCCAAGAAGAGAGCUGAGACGAUCAAGUUCAGCCAGAACGCAGUGGUAGCCCAACACAAUGGCAAGACCUGCCUGAUGAUCCGGGUGGCCAACAUGCGCAAGAGCCUGCUGAUUGGCUGCCAGGUGACUGGCAAGCUGCUCAACACCUACCUCACCAAGGAAGGGGAGUGUGUCCGACUUAACCAGGUCAAUGUGGACUUCCACGUGGACACGGCUUCUGACAGCCCCUUCCUCAUCCUACCCCUCACCUUCUACCAUGUGGUGGAUGACUCCAGCCCCUUGCGGGACACGGCCCUGCGCACGGGCGAAGGAGACUUCGAGCUGGUGGUGAUCCUCAGCGGCACGGUGGAGUCGACCAGCGCCACCUGCCAGGUGCGCACCUCCUACCUGCCUGAGGAGAUCCUGUGGGGCUACGAGUUCAGCCCAGUCAUCUCCCUCUCAGCCAGCGGCAAGUACGUGGCUGACUUCAGCCUGUUUGACCAGGUGGUCAAGGUGUCGCCUUUGUGCUGCGUCCACGAGACAGUGCGGUUCGGGGACCCCGAGAAGCUGAAGCUGGAGGAGUCCUUCCGGGAGAAAUCAGAGCGGGAGGGCAGCCCCCUGAGCGUCCGCAUCAGCAACGUCUGAUCCUGCCCACCGCACACUGAGCUCCAAGGAGAUUCGCUUCACCCUUUCUUUUUAGCUGUUUUUUUCCCCUGGUCUCUUUCUUUCUUUCUUUCUUUCUUUCUUUCUUUCUUUCUUUCUUUCUUUCUUUCUUUCUUUCUUUCCUUCCAUGUCUCACGGGGCAACUCCAGUGCUCCACUCUUUUUGGGAACGCACCGGAGGAUGGCAGCUUUAGUUCCCCCAAAAGUGCCACUCCUGUCCUCGCUGGGCCCAGGAGGCCCUGGGCCCAAGGGAGCAGCUGGGAUGCAACUCUUCCAUCCUCCAUGCCAAAGCAUUUUCCAAUCCCUCCUUUUCAGUGGCGUGGUGGUGGCAGCAUGACUGUCUGGGAGCACCGGGGCCCCCUGGGGGACAGCUGGUCACCAGCCAGGAGGACUGCAUCCUCCCGCCACAGAACACAGAUUCUGUAGGGUGUGGGGGGGUAACUACUCUGCCUUUGAUCUGACCCCGUCCUCACCAUGCAGACUCAAGCCUAAUGCACAGCUAACCUGCCAGCGAGAGACAGUGCCAGGUGGCCCCAAGAGAAGCUGGCACCUCCCUCCCCUGCCCAGGACCUAGGAACAUAGCAAUGGCUACACUGGAUCCAGCCAAGGACCCGUCUAGCCGCCCAUCUCCAACAGUGGCCAGCACCAGCAUCCUCAGAGGCUGAAACUCUGUAGCAAUGGAAUAAGCUGCCCAUGGGGAAGUUUUCCUCCUGACCCCCACUGGCCCUGAAGCAGACCGGUGGAUAGCCCCUUCCAAAGCUCUUGGUUGUUUUCUUAGAUCCUUACUCUUCUAACUCUGGAUCGUCUUGUUACACAGAAAAAGGCCCAGUCCUUUUGCAAAUCCUGCUAAGCUUCUGACCCUUGUGGCAGUGAGUUCCACCGGCUCACUGUGGGAAAAAACAUUUGUUUAAAUUUGCUGUGGGGAGCUUUGGGGGGAGGAUUUUGCCAACAGAAACAAUGGAUCUCUGAGAGCCCCCAAACUGUCUCCAUGGGAAUGAAGAGAGGGCAGCAUGAAGCUUUGAAAAGAGAAAUGGUCCCAGUUCAAAACACCUUCUGCCAUCCACAGGCCUUCAUGUGGUCCAUGGUGCUGGUCUAUUUUCCUGGGAUGUUGUGCAUACAGUCUAGGGGCCUGACGGGAGAUUAAUCCCCUUUGCUUGCUUCUCAGCACCAGGGACAGCUGGACCCAGGGCUGGCAGAGCCACACACAGACCUCAGAGCCAGCAAUUAGAGAGACUGCACACUGGGUUUGUGUCCCUGCUGUCAAGCAGCACCAGCAUCCAGUGCUCAUCACCCUGGGUUCCUCUCUCAGACCUCUCUGGGGAUUUUCGUCACACCUGAAGGAAGCUGCACUUCAACCGGAACCAGGUGCAGCUUUUGCAUCAUCAGCUUGGGUUGGCUCUUGUCCACACAAUGGUUAUAACACUGUGACAAAUCGGACUUGGAUUUCACUGCUGUUAUCACCAUGCUGCAGGCUUGGGAGCGCACGGCGGUAGUCGCUCCCAGCCACUGCAGCCUGCGCUCAAGGAGAACCCUCAUCAACUCUUAGCAAUACAGGGCCUGUGAUGGGUGGUCAAGCAGUUCUGAUUCCAUCCAGAAGAGAGCAGUGGUGACAGACCCACCAGCCAGUAUUAAUCCCCUGCAUUCAAGCCGGAAACCAGCAAUACCCCAGAGAAGUUAAAACGAAGGUGGACACUUACCUCUCCUUUGUACCCGAGCCCCAGGUACAGGCAUGCAGCUUAGACCCAGCCUUACCUCCACUGUCCCAAACAGACCUGCUGUGAUCUCGUUCUUUAUUACUGUAAAUUACUGACAUCAGAAAUGCUGAAUCCAGAAGCUGAGGCUAUGGGAAACCUGAUCGGUGUUAAAGAAAUGUUUGAUCCCACUUCAUCCCAGGCUCUCUGAUCUGCCGGCUAUCGCAUCCGAUCUCUGUCACACAUUUCAAGGAUCAGUGUCUUGGAAGUCUGGGAACUGAGCAGGGACAUUAUACACUGAUCUGCAGUACUGUGUCUGUGUUUAAGGUGCCAUUUGAAAUUGAUUUUCUGCCUGCCACAUGGUCCCUGUAACAGUUUACUCAUGGGUCAGUUUCUUUCAUUUAAGGGUUUUGGAGAGUUUUUUAUUAUAGUUUUAAAAAGAAAAAAUCUUCAUAAAAUAUACAUUGACAAACAUUCACAAUGGAGAAGCUCUAGAUUGAACAGUAUUUAUAAAUCUUCUAACUUUUUAAAAGGCAAAGGACUAUUCAGGGAACUACAUGUUGGCUGAAUUGUUCUCUGCUGUGUGAAAACGAAGUGAAACCAUGUUUAAUUUUCUGUCUCCCUAGAAACAUGGUAUCGUGUAAAAAUGCAGACAGACUAGUUUAGUUUAUUAACUGGAGUGAUGGUAAUAGCUUCCACAGAGAGUUCUUUUUAACGAGUAAAGAGUUUAAAAAAAAAAGCCCAGAAAAACAAAAGCUUAAUAUUUACACAGCAGCUAGUAACAGGUCAGAGCUAUUUUGACAUUGCUUUUAAAAUGGCACACGUGCGUUACAAAAUUCCUAGUGGAUAACUGCUGCAGAGGCAUUUUCCAAAGCUGAAUAUCAGAGUUGUUCUGCUAUUUCCCUUUGCAAAAUGCCAGCAAAGAUUGGAUCACAUGAUGGAAAUGUCCCACAGAAAACACCACAGUCUGAUAGAUUAUCUCUGGGUUGGUUCAAAAAACCCAAAGGUAGGCUCAGAUUAUCUAUUAAAUUCUAAAGAACCCUAUAAUUUCUAUCUCCCCCUGUUCUGUUUCUAGAGCUCAUUGUUGGUUUCAUCCCUACAAAACCAUACAGAAUUUUUCCCAUCAGGGAUAUUAAAGUAGAAUUACUAUGCCCUGAACUAGCUGCCGGUCAGUUUCAGCGCUGAUAUUCCCUGAAUGCAGAAAAAAAUUGUUUGUUUAUAACCAUGUAACUUACAAAUGUCAGUUUCACAUCCACUCCUAUCCCUUUAGACAGUGAGGAUAAUCACAACACGCCUAGAUAUUGCCAGGCCAGGGGACUGAAGAGAGCAUAUCCUGAUGGAGAAGGGAGGGCCCUGGAUUGAGAUUAAGGCUACGACUUUGCCAUGCCAAUUUUUAGUUAAUUCCAUGGUGGAGGUGUGGGGAAAAAAACCCAUAGUCAUGGAAAGGUCAUGGCUUAGUUGUGGGGGCAUUGAGAACGAGCCUGGCCCGCACUCAUUCCGGAACAGCGGCUCCUGUCCCUUGGGGCAGGGGCUGACUCCCCGUUCCGGGCCAUCGCAGCACUACUCAGGUUUGGUGCAUCCACCUCUCCACGGAGGCGGACACACCAUAUUUGAGUGGCGGAGCGACUGUGUGGUCCACGUCGCAAUGCCCAGUGCGGGGGGGGGCAGGCCCACAGGAGCUGCCUUUACCAGGGUCAUGGACCUUAUUAAAAUUCACGCCUACCAUGAACACUGUGAUGCGUAUAAAGGGAGAUUAUUUUUGGAGGAUGCAGGACAUAGACACACUCUAUGGUUCUCUUUGGCUCUUCAGCUGUCAGUCUAUGUCAGGGUCUCUCUGAAUUCUGGCCUGGGUUAUAUGUAGGCAUGCAUCCAGCAUGCAUCCUCCUGCUGCAAUACUGGCUCACCCUGUAGCAUCAGAGCAGAGCUGUGAUUACAGAUGCUGCUGAACGAUAUAGCUUAAUGUCCAGCUUCAGGCCAGCACAAAGAGCUUUUAUUAUUAGUGUUAUGUUAGCACCUAUAGGCCCCAUCUGCUAGGUGCUGUACAUACCCAUAGUGAGAGACAGUCCCUGCCCCAAGAGCCAGCAAUCUACAUAGACAAAGGGGAAACAGAGAGGAAAAAUGACAGGGUCAAGAUCAUACAUCAUGCCACUAGCAGAGCCAGGGACAGACGCCAGGUCUCCUGCAGCCCAGGCUGGUGCCUUUCCCACUUUAAAUAUCCCCGUGGUGCUGCCUUCCAGCAGCCCUGAGCCUGCCCCUGCUUCAGGAGGUAGGAGCUUUGCCAUAUGCCGCAGCGGGCAGCCCAGAAUUCAGGCACAUUCCACACACAAUUAACUGCUCUGAAGACAGUGCCAUGGGCUCCUAUGAGAUGGAGCCAGCACCCCACUUGGGAGCAAAAGUUUCUAUUAAAAAAAGGAGUACUUGUGGCACCUUAGAUACUAAUCAAUUUAUUUGAGCAUAAGCUUUUGUGAGCUACAGCUCAGGUCAUCGGUUUCUGUUGUAAUCAGCAAUACGGCCUUCAUUGUGAUUGGCAAUCAGCUUCCUCCUUCACCUGGGUUCUUUCCCAGCAUUGUAGCCUUGAUGUAAACCCAGCUGCUUCCCUUCAUUUUCCCUCAGGACUGAUGACAAAGGUCAUUAAUGGCUUGUCUCUCCCCCGCAAUAGGGAACAGGACACUGCCAUCAGCCCAGCUGGCAUCUGAGUGCUUGUUUUCAUCCAACGUCCCCAAGAGCUCCGCCAGUUUUACAGAACGAUUACAAACCAAGAUUACUUCACUCACCACUGAAAUGCAGCCACCUCUGGGCCAGCACUCGGCAGCUGUUUAACAGCUGCAUGUCCACGCUGCACAGAAGUUUAAGGCAGGAAGUGAAGAAGGAUUUUUUAUCCACUUGUGACAGGAGAAUUUAGCUUGGCCAAAUGUUUUACCCAAGGUGGGAUCUGGCAAUUAGUGCAACACCUGCCAUGGGAUUUUAAAUUCUUAUUCUGUAUUGUGGUAAUUAUGGACAGGACCCCAUGGAGCUAAGCACUGUACAAACAUGGAACAAAGAGAUGGUCUCUGCCCCAAGGAGCUGACAGUCUAAGCAAAUGACUGCACGUGAUUGGGACCUCACUGUUAUCUCUCGUCUGCCAAAUCAACCACUGGGUCAGGCUCCCAGGUGCUGUAAAGCAGAUGUAGCGCCAUCCAGGGGGAGCCAAGCCAGUCUGCACCAGCUGAGUGCCUGGCCCACUGUGUGUCAGGGGAUGAAAAUAGAAUUGUUUGGAAAAGAAACAGAGAGCAUCACAAAUUCAUCAUUUUGCCUGGAGUUAGGCUGUGAUUAAGAUCCAACCUCCUCUCCCCACCUCCAACUUUUUCCUGAGUUAGAAUCUGAAAGCUCUUUACUUUGUGGUGCUGAAACUUUGGUUACUGGCUGGGAGGAGAAUCCCUGGAUCAUUUCAUUUAGAAUGUUAGAGCUCCUGGAUUCUAGAAUCUGGAGCCUUGUAGCACUUCCUGGGUUCUACCAUUCCAAGUCUUGCAGAAUUUUAAGGGCUACGUUCCAUUUAGGAGAAAGAAAAAGAGAAUUUUUUUUAAAGCUCUUUGAUGCUUAAAGAAUUUCCAUGGGAUUUUUUAACAGGUUGACAGUUAAAUUUAGCAACUAUAAAAAAUUCUUGUGGAGAAAUAGCCCCCGGGGUAGGGAGGCAGAUGUCACGGGGUGGGGUAGAGAACAGGCAGAGAAAGUGCAAAAGUAGAAGAGGGAAGAGGUAUUUGAGAAAGAACAUUAUAAAACCUGGAUGAUCUUUAGAAAAGUUCUAGACUUUUCCCAUUGCCCCAGACAUGUCUCUCUCCUAUCUCUGAGUCCUGGCUGCUGUGUAUGUGUGCCCCUGCCUUCUACCUGAGAGAGUCAGAAUAGGCCUUUUCUACUUCACAAACCAGGUCACAUCGUGCAGCAUAAAAUCGAGGCCUUGACUUCACGUGGUCAUUAAAACAAUGGCUUGCCCUUCUCUACCAUCUUUCUUCCAAGGAUCUCAAACAUUCUAUAACGAAGUCUGACAACUGUCUUGUGAGGCAGGCAAGGGAAAGCUUCACCAACCACUGAAAUGCAGCCACCUCUGGAGUGGAACGCAGCAGCUAGUCAACAAUGCAUAACAACACUGUGUAACAGCUUCGCAUAUAAAGUGAAGAAGAAUAGAGUAAAUUAUGGCCAUGAUACAGGGGUAUGACCAGAGUUCAGGUUUGAUCAGGAUACCAGAGUUACUCUUAGGAAGAGCACCAUGAGAUUUUUCAUGACAAGACGAGGUCAGGAGGACAUCGAUUUCACCUGUACAGGCUGGAGCACACAAUAAAUACUCCCACACCUCCAGCCACACAGUACCUCUAGCCCCAUGCUGGGGCCUUCAUUCCAUUCCUAUCCAAAGGGAAAAGCACGUGC